AUCAUGGUUUGCUUUGCUUAGUGAUUUUUGAACCAUUCCUCAGAGAAACACACUUCAAUCUGUAAUUCCUGUGUUUAUUCUUAAAAUGUCAGUCUUCAACGUAAGUAUUUCACACUGGUUAUCUUUGUUACCAUUAAAGGAGAAACUUCCUUUGCCAAAUGCUGUUUUCCCUGCCCCAAACACUGACUUACCUGCCUUUCUCUCCAGUCUUUCAUUUGCUCCUUCCUUUCCAGUCAAUCUUCCUAUCCUUAAGUUCUCAUUUGCAAGAAAAUAUUUUCCAUGUCUUUAUUUCUCCUCUGCUGGCCAGCUCAGUCUCUUGUUUGUACUUCACACUUCAAUCUACACUUUCUCCCAUCACUCUUCUUUAGGAAAAAAACUUUGCUAGUGGUUUGCAAAUUCUAUUGAAAGGCAUAGAAAAGUUAAAUAGCAGAAAUGGGUUCAGUACCUAUGAAUCGUAUUCCUUAGGAAAAGGAGAUUUCCAUCUCUGCCAGGUAACUGCCAAGGGAAGUGACUGUUAUGAGCCUACAAUUCCUCUAGCCCUAAUUAAGACUGGAAACAGAUAGCAUAAUCAGUUUAAAAUACUAAAGAAUCUGGACAGGGCAUGGCUGUACAAUCUCUGCAGUUUUGGAUGCUGCCUUUCUCCCACGCUAAGAAAAAAAGAGGUGAAUUCUAUUAAUGUGAUAUUUUUGUUUUGGCAAAUAGUUAAGUAUAGAUAGUGCUAGGCUUUUCACAGGAAUACCGUUUUUACUAUAAGCUCAUUUAUCAUUGUCUAUUUUUAUUUGCUGACAGAUGGUUAUGUUUUAAUUUUUUUUCUUAAGUAGGACACCUUAUUAUCUUUCUCCUACUCACUUUGGGUAGUACAAUAAAAAGGUUCUUUGAUGUCUUGUCUCUGUUUGCACAGGCUACGCUGCAAACCUCAAUAACGAUUUAAAAACUGUAGCCGUUCUUACUCUUAGUUGCUAGUCAUUGAUUUUGCAUAGCACACCAGUUUUGAGCACACAUUGCCCGGUUCCACUAGGUGGCAUGUGAACGCUUUGCAGUCCUCCCGCAUUUACCAGGCUUUACCAAGCCCACCUUUGGCGAGGGAGUCCAGGUAGUGGGCCGUGUAUGGGGAAAAAACAAAAGGUGUAGACUGCGUUACCGCAUAUGGCAGGAAAUGUGGCUGAAAUUGAGAAGACUUGCAUAAAUGUUAAAAACAAUAGCGUGUAAUUUGCCUUCUCCCUGAAUUAAUGCAGCUGCGGUACAAACUAAUGACUUGGCUGGAAGCGAUGAUUUUGCUGUUCUAGUGCUAACGUGAUGACCUCUAGGCAAAUUGACUUUUGCUUCCCACUUUCUACCCGCUGAAGCAGGGGCUGCGCAGUCAGUCAAGUCUCGGUAAUCCGAUUUACUCCGCCCGACGCCCCGAGCUGACUGAAGGAGCACCCCGCCAGCUCUGGCGAGCCGUUACUCUCCUCCUGCCGAGCCCCCGCGGCCGUUUGCUUGUAGCGGUGUCUUCCUUGAGGCCGCUCCUCCUCCUCCUCUUCUGUGACGAACAGCUCCUACUACCGCCCUCCCCGCUUACCUCCGCUGUACCCCGGCUCCCGGAGGCCGUCCCGCCCCCUUCGCCUCACGCAGCCUCUCGUCAGGGCGGAGCCAGUUAACGGCCGGAGCACGCGGCGGCGGUCUCCAGGCAACGCGGGAUGGCGGCGGGCGAGCAGCAAAGCCGCGACUACUUGCAGCGCCACCGGAUCCCCGAGCUGCUCCACCGCCUCGCCGCGCUGCUGCUCUACCACCGCCCCGAAAGACCACGUGAGUUCCUGAUCCAGGCGCUGGAAAGGGUGAAGGCUGGAAGACGAGCAGAGGGGGAGUACCCUUACCUGAUGGACGAGGCCAACCUGGCCGCCAUGUUCGAGUUGCUGGAUGUUGUAGGCCAAGGCCACAUAACACCAGCGCAGUACAGAGAAGCUCUUAAAACUUUGGGACUGAGCACUGAAGAUCUGCAGUUUGGAGAUUAUGGGAAUAUCACACUGGAUGUAUUCAGGGAAGAAGUGAAGAAAAAGAUGCUGGAGAGCUGGGCUGUGUAUUAGUUUGAGUAGUGACCUGCUAUAUGUAUUAAAAAUAGGCAUCUUGCUCAACUCUUCUGGUUUGUCAGCUGUGGAGAGCUGAUUUUAAGCAGUACUCUCUUCUCAUUCCCCGUUCCCUGCCUUUUCAACUGAAGAGGACAAAUGACAAGAACUUGUUCGUGUUUACCAGGCACUGGAAAACUAUCUUUUGAGAAUUGCUUAAUACAAUUAGAUGGGUUUUUUUAAAAAAAAAACCAAAAAGUAGAGAUCUCUUUUACACUAAAAUAGUGUUUUGGAGUUUUCUCCUUCAGUUUGUAGCUUACAGGAAGGGGGUGUUACUUGUGGGCUUAUUACCAUUGAAUAAAUUAACUUAAAGAGCUCAACUCUUAAGGUUGUGUUGUGGUGUUUUUUUUAAAGGAAAGACCAACUUCAGCAAGUUAUGACAAAUGUCCACAACUAAAGAAAUGUGGCACUUCCAAGUAAAAUGCUACUUUCAAACUUACAACACAGUAUUUAUGCAAUUUUUAAGGAGAAAUUUUUAAAAAAUAGGAGAGACUCUGGUACAGCAAAGAAAAAAAAUGGAAUUAGUAUGAAUAAAAAAACCCAAAGGGUCAUAUUCCUUCAUUCCUUCCACGUUCUGUAUAUAGACAUUUUAAUAGAG